GAGCCAGAAGGAGAGCUGAUUGAGCAUCCAUUAGAGCCCCAUUUUGAAGGAGCUCAGAUUAUCCGUGAUGUGAUUGUUGGUCUUGCGGAUGGUUUAACGGUUCCCUUUGCACUGGCUGCUGGUCUAGCAUCCCUCAACAACUCUCGUUUGGUCAUCACUGCUGGUCUUGCAGAAAUUGUAGCCGGUGCUAUUUCCAUGGGAUUGGGUGGUUACCUGGCAGGUCUCAGUGAAAUUGAGCAUUAUGAUAACGAACGUAUCCGCGAGGUUCAUGAGGUCGAAACUGUUCCUCUGAGAGAAGAGCAGGAAAUUGCCGAGAUCUUUGAACCAUAUGGAAUUUCAGCAGAUAUUGUAAAGCCCAUGGUAGAUGUACUGAAGCAAAACAAGGAUGUGUGGGUUGAUUUUAUGAUGAAAUUUGAGUUGAAUCUUGAGAAACCAGACAAGAAUCGAACCUGGAUUAGUGCACUCACCAUCGGCACAUCAUACUUUAUUGGAGGCAUCGUCCCGCUCUUGCCAUAUGUUUUCAUUUCAACAGCCAUUGAUGCAUUGUACGUUUCAGCAGCAGCAACCAUUGUCACAUUAUUCAUAUUUGGAUACUUCAAGGCAGCUAUGAUGGGCAGCCGACAUCCCUUUUACAGCGCAGUCCAAAUGGCUUUUGUUGGUGCAGCAGCAGCAGGAUCAGCAUUUGGAAUUGCAAAGUUGAUU